AAAUAAUAAUGGGCGCAAGCAAAAGAGGGAAACGUAAGGGAGAACUCAGAAAAAUCGAAGCUUCGCUGGAAAACGAAUCUCAACAAUGAGCGAGGGUCCCAAGCUGUACGACCACAAACCCAAGAAAGCUCAAUUGAAACAAUUUCAACAGAAAGGAAAGGAUUUUCCUUCAAAUUCAUCUGGUGCAGCAGCAGCAGCAUCAUACACGAUGGGCCAGCCGCCGCCGCCGCCACCUCAGCCUCCAAAGGAAUCGUUUGCAAGGCGUUACAAGUUCCUUUGGCCCCUUCUAUUGGCUGUCAACUUUGCUGUCGGAGCUUAUCUUUUCACGAGAACGAAGAAAAAGGACACGAACGGAACGGAAGAAGAUGUCGAUUCGAGUCCUCCUGUUUCAACUACAACUAUCACUACUCAAGUUACUGAAAACUCAUUACCCGCACCACCCAUCAUCACACAGCAUUUGAAUUCGUCUGAACCGAUCCCAGAGAGCCAGCAGCUUGAACUUUUUAAGUAUAUAUUGGAAGAGAAGAGGAAAGUCAAACCAAAAGAUCCCGAGGAGAAGAAGAGGCUGGAUGAAGAGAAAGCUAUACUGAAACAAUUCAUCCGAGCGAAAUCGAUACCGCAAUUAUGACUCGAUAAUCCAUUGCUGAAAACCUGGAUAUAUUUUACUUUGACUUUGUUUUAGAGUUUUGGAAGUUUGGUUUCCUGAAUUUCAUGUUUUGUGUUUCCCUUUAGGUUUGUGGAAUGUAUAAUUUUCUUGAC